AGCACUCAUGUUCAGCCGCGCACAGCAUCAACUGGGACGCUUUGCACCCCGUACGCUUGUAUUGAAGCAGGAUUUCCACGUCUCGGCUGUUGCCUGUGCUAAGAGACAUCCCAAGCAGAUCAAAAAAGAGAAUUUGGCGAAACGUGCUGCCAAAGUUGCCGAGUUCGAACGCACCAAGCCAUCUCACAUCAUUUCUCAAUCAGCACCAUUCUUCAACAAGCUCCAUACACCCGCCAGUGCUUACGGUUCGAACACAGACUAUCAGCAUUUUUUGACAAAUGAAGAUCGUACCCAUCUCUUUGAAACUGCACCAAAGGAGGCUGUUGAAGAAAGUCAUUUGGCUGCUGUAGAGGGCAUGGAUGAGGCAAUGAAGCACGAACAAAUUAAAGUAGAAACUCUCCAGAAGAUUAUUGGUCUGCAGAACGGCAAUGCUAAGGCUGUCCAGCUCUGGAACAUUCAGCAAGCUGUUGACUGGUUCAAGAGAAAGGAAGGGGAUACCGGUAGCCCCGAAGUUCAGGCUGCUGUCUUGACUGUGCGUAUCCACAACCUCAAUUCUCAUCUCCAACAACAUCGUAAAGAUGUGCACAACUACAAAGAAUUGCGUACUAUGGUUCACCAAAGAGCAAAAAUCCUUAAGUAUCUUAAAAACAAGGAUCAGAAUAGAUACAACACAUGCUUACUCGAGCUUGGCCUGGAGCGCAGAGCUGUUGAGGGUGAAAUUACACUGUAAGAAUGAAAUAAAAUCAUACAAAAAAUAAAAAAAAGAAUGGAACGUAUUUUCACUAUGGUUAUAAAUCC